UGCGUCUGUCAACCAAACAUGGCGUCUGCUUCGGUAGGUGCAUGAGAGAAAUCGUGCCUUAACAUUGCGUGUUCUCGUACUAAUGCCUAAUGUGCUUCGAUCGUAGUAGUAUCUAAUUCUAUAUUUAUGCUUAGAACGAGAUAUAUAAAGAGAGAUUUCUUAAUCAAGGAAGCUGAAAUAUCUCGUUAGACUAGCUCGUUGGAAGAACGUUACUGACAUUCCUUAGAGAAUUACCGUACCCUUACUGAUGGAUGACGAUACUAUAGCCUUCGGGGAGGAGGAUGAUGCUGUUCAUAAUGAUAAACUCAAGCAUCCAUACGUCACCAUAUUCCAUCUUGCAUUUAGAAUAUCAGCUAUAAUAGUUUAUAUGAUGUGUCAAUUAUUUUCAAAUAGUUUUAUUGCAAGUUUCGUCGUUGUCGUAUUACUUUUGUCCAUGGACUUUUGGACUGUUAAAAAUAUAACCGGAAGACUGAUGGUUGGACUUAGAUGGUGGAAUUAUAUUGAUGACAAUGGAAAGAGUAAUUGGGUAUUUGAAUCUAAAAAGGGUCCCCAACAGAACCGUAUUAACAUAGCGGAGGCACGUAUCUUCUGGUUGGCAUUGAUACUGUGCCCACUUUUGUGGUCAGUAUUAUUUGUUACAGCAUUGUUUCGUUUAAAUUUUCAAUGGCUAUUACUCGUAUGUAUUGCAAUCAUUUUAAACGGAGCUAAUCUUUAUGGAUAUGUGAAAUGUAAAAUGGGAAGUAACCAGUAUAUCUCAACAGCUACCAGUGAUUUCUUUAAGAAACAAAUCAUACAAAAUGUUGCAUCUAUGAUGACGAGAAGCCCACCAACAAAUAAUCCAAAUCAACAGACUAAUGUAAUAUAAGAUAUCUUUUGUAAGUAUGAUGUAUAUGAUAAUUAAUAAUUCCAUAAAUGUCUAUUGGAUGAAUGAUGAUAUAUGCUUGUACAUAAUAAUAUUAGGUAUUAAAAUUUAAGUGCUAUGUAAUAAAAUUAUUAUUUCACAAUGAAGAAAAAAAGGUAUUUGUUUAAAGUUCCUUCUGUCUCAUGCAAAAGACAAUACUUUAUGACGUUAGUUACUAGUUUAUUGAUGCCACAAGGCAAUACAUAAUGUACACGGUAUUUCUCCUUGUCAACAGACUCUUUCUAUUACACAAUAUUUAAUUUGUAUAGUUGUUAGUUAGUAACAUUGCAUUUAUCGUAUUCACCUCAGCCUGCUGUAUUCUUUCUGGCAAGAAGGUAUCACAAAAUAAUUUCCCAUUCUUUCAACGAUAUUUAGUAUUUGACUUAUUCUGUCCUUUUUUAACUCACAUUCUUCUCCGGAUUUGCGAUCGUAAUCAUUUGACCAAUUCAUCUAUAAAUAGAUGAACAUGCGACUUGAUCUUACACGUAUUACCAAACUCGUUACAAUAUUGCAUGGAGUAUUGAUAAACGAUCGAAUUUUAUUAAUGUUGUGAAAAUUGUUCCGAAGAUACGAGUCAUAAGUGUUUUCAAGAAGAAGAAUACAACAAACCACAUAUUGCUAUACAUUUUCGGUUAUAAAAAAAAAGAUAAAAAAACAAAAGAAAAAAAAAAAAGAAA